AUGACGGACAAGAUGCCAUCUUCUCAGAGCCGCUUGCCUGCAAUGCCUAAUUUCGUCGGCGACGGCUCGACGGUGGACGAGUACGUGAGCGUGUUGACGCCCGACCACAAAGUGCAGACCCCCAACUUGUCGUCGACUGCGUUCGACCCGAACGGGUUCCGCAUGAACGAGUGGACCGUUGCGCUGGACGACGGCGACUGGCGCACGGCCUUUUACUGGUGGGUCUGCUGCUGCCCGUGCUUCCCACUGGCACAGCUUGAGACGCGCGUGGGUCUCGUGCGGUCGUACCCGCUCGGACUCACGCUGGGCUUUCUCGCCUACACGAGUCGCUUGGUGCUGUUGGUACUGACGGUCACUGCGCUCCUGUGUGGCCACUUCGUAUUGUUUGCCAUUUGCCUCUUGGCCGCCGUGUUUAGCUCCGUGGCCGUGGGGCACCGCGUCGCGGGCGUGCGCAAACACGUCCGCGAGCGGCUCGAGAUCCCUGGCUCGGCCAGAAACGACCGGACCACGGGCUGUCUGCGCAGCGCCAGUGCGAUCCGCCAGAUGGCGGUCCAGCUCAAGUGCGACCAGAUCCACGCCGGUGCGCCCGCGAUGCUGCAGGCGUAUCAGGUGUGA